AUGGACGCGCGCCCAAGGAGGGAGAGGCGAUACUCUCAGCAAACAGGUUCUGGGAUCAAGCUUUCUAACUCGUUAGGUACAAGCUUAAUCUUACCACCAAGUACUGGCAGAAGCAAUACAAAAUUAUCAAAUUCACUAUCAAAUCAAAGAAAAAGUCAAGUAAUUUUCGGAUUAACAAAAGAAAUCCAAGCUGCACAGCAAGAAGCGUCUAUUAUCAUACCUGUAAGUCAUCAACCGCAAACAGAGCCAACACCAACUCAAAAAGAUCAAAAUAAACAAAAAGGAAUUGAGUUAUUCGACGACUUUCUAGAUCUCACACAUCAAAUGGAUACCAUUGAUGCCCUUAAAACGCUAUUAUCUCAGCAUUUCAGCACCAAAAACGUCUAUGUUUUUGAAUACGCAGGAUCUUCAGGUGUUUUAUAUUGCCAAUACGCUAACAAAGUCAUGCCUUGCACCACUGGUCUCCUUGGAUAUUCCUAUCUCAACAGACAAAUAAUUUUUGAUAACAGUCCUUGGACAAAUCAAUAUUAUGAUAAGCAAUACGAUGACAAGUUCUGUCCUAUUGACUCCAAAGUCUUCAUUUUACCUCUAUUUAACUCAUUCAGAGAGAUGAAAUACGUUAUUUACAUAAUUCGCGAUAAAUUUGGCGAACCUUUUAAUAAUUUUGAUAUGCAGAUUGCUGUAUCAUUUCAAAACUGCUUCCAUCACUUCUCAGAAUACCUUAGUUCGAAUCAUUACGUAAAUAUUGAGACAAUUUCAGAAGCAUUCAGAAUUAUGGAAAUCGGACAAUUCCUAGUUCUUUACCAACGCAGUAUGAAAAAGCUUUUCAACUGCAAAACAGCAGAAAUUUGGAAAUUUGAUGAAGAUAAGCAAAAAAUCACUCUUUAUAGUUCCAAAGUACAAAACAUUGAUCGUGAUAAAGCUGGCAUUGUCGGAGUUUCUCUUUUCUCUCACCAACUUGUAAAUUCUCAUAUUCAGAAACUUGUGAGUAGUUACAACCCAGAUGUUGAUGGUACAGAAGACCAACCAAUUCUAUCUUUCCCUUAUCAGUCCAAGAAGAUGAAAACUUGGUAUUCAUUUGUUUUCCGCGCAAAAAUCGAUUGUCCGGUCUUUACAUCGAACGAUGAAGCCAAUAUCAGACAGUUGGCCCCAUAUAUUAUCAUUGCGUUCGAAAAUGAUGAAGAAUUUGAACAGACCAAAUCCCAAAAUACAGGAACGACUUCAAUUAGGAACAGAUCGUCUGGAUCAUUCAUUGAGGUUGCCGAAAAACUUCGUGGCCCUUCAGAUAAAUUGACCAGUUACGUAAUAGAUCAAAUUCAAAGUCAAUGUUGUGCGACAAAAGUAAUUCUUUUGCAGUGCGAUAAUGAGAGAGGCCAAUUAUAUACAUUUGUUGAUGGUAAAAGGUUCGAAAUGACCAUGAGAUCUGGAAUUGCCGGAAAAACUUACUUAACUGGCCAAGUUUACAACAUAGGAAACGUUCUAGAUGAUCCAGAAUUCGAUUCUUCCUUUGAUAAUAUGAUGAACUUCAAGACUCUUUCAGUUUUGUCGAUUCCAAUAUUUGAUCAACGGAAAAAUGUCAUCGGAGUUGUCCAAUUAUUGAACAGAAAAGACAAUAGACCAUUUUCUAAUGACGAUAUUAACAUCGCUACUUCAUUCCUCUCUGUUUACGGCGUUGUAAGUGAUAAUUGGUUUUUGUACAAGCAGGAACAGACAACAGAAGGCAGGAACACAAUUAUCAUGAGGUCUGUUUCACGUGUUUCCCGUGGUUCUACCAAUCUUCCUGAAGUAUUAAACGGAAUAUUGCAAGAAGUCAAAGCAGAACUCAAUGCAGAGAGGUUCUACGUAUACGUCAAGGACAAUAUUGAAGACCACCUCAAUUUGUUCACUACAGAUGUUGAAGAAAACGUUCCUCCGCACAUUCCAAAGGCAACCUUACCGAAUAUCUCCAGAAUUACUAACGAUGCACAAAACGAUAAGAUGUUUUCGGCCAUUUUGGAUAACGCCACAAACACAAAAACCAAUUCCUUCAUUUCUACUCCGAUGUACAGAUUAGAUGGCAAAUUUAUUGGAGUAAUACAGAUCUGCAAUGCUCCUCAUGGCUUUGACAUAAAAGAUCUAAGACUUCUACAGGUAAUUGGAGCCAUUUGCACCCAUCCAAUUGAAGUAAAAGAUUUAUCUCAAGAAGCAGUCAAAGGAGAGAUGCAAACAACCAUGUCAAAGUUCAUUUCGGAGACAGAAAUGAAUGAAUUCUCUAUCCCUCAUAUGCUUGUUUACUCAAAACAAGAAGAUACAGAGGCAAAUAACUUGGAAUUCGCUUCUUACAUGUGGGAUUACGAUACAACAUUUAAAGUUGUGUUCGCAGUAUUCAACCAAUUCAAUUUAAUGAAGAAAUUCCAAAUAACUGCGUCAACUUUAUUUAAUUUCAUUUUCGAAGCACGUUCUGAGUUCCAAAUUGUUCCAUUCCAUAAUUUCUACCUAGCAAUAGACCAACUACAGUUCCUAAAUAUACUUAUCAAUGAAGGAAACUUAGAAAGAAUAUUACAACCGACAGAAUUCUUAGCGUUGAUCAUUGCCACUCUCUGUCAUGAUAUGGGUCAUGAUGGUGUUGACAAUAAGUACUUAAGAGAGACAAACAGCCCAAUUUUCGCAGCAUUUCCUGAAUAUCCAAAUGAAAACCACCAUUUCGUCAUCCUUAUUGAGGUUAUUAAGCGAAGUGGUUUGUUCAACAAUAUAAAUCUUCAGGAUACAACUGCUAUUUGGGGAGUAAUUCGAGAUUUAAUUUUAUCUUCCAACUGUGAUCCGAAAGAACUUCAAAAAGAAACGAACGAGAUCGUUAUGAAUGGUCCUCCCGACAUGCAAAACCCAAGAACAAGAAAAGUUUUGAUGAGAUUGCUUGUAAAUAUCUGUGACUGGUCAUACUCCAUGAGAUCAUGGGAUGUAUGUGAUAAAUGGUCGUUUAACCUGUUCGCUGAGCAUUUCAUGCAAGGAGAUCUGAUGACAGAGCUUGGAUUGAAGCCGGAUGAGCACUAUCUACGCGGUAAACCAGUAGAAAAGCAGAAAGAAACUGUUUGGUGUAUAGAAGAAGAACUAAUAAGACUGACAACGUUAAUUAGUAAAAUUGUACCAGAUUUCCAGUUCUUAGAGGUUGCUGCCCUCAGAAACAUUGAUAGGAGAAAAGAAAGAUAUAUUAAGGGUGCACCCGUAUGUACGUUUAUUUGA